AUGGACCUGUCCAAGUUUGGGGAGGAAGGGGGGUUAGCUGGGGGUGACUCCCUCCAUCUCUCAGAGUUAAGGAUUGUACUGCUGGGGUACAGAGGAGGAUCUGGGAAGAGUUCAGCAGGAAACACCAUACUGGGCAGAGAGGAGUUUGACCUGAGGACAGCCGCUCAGUGUGUGAAGAGACAGGGAGAAGUAGCAGGGAGGCAGGUCACUGUGGUUGACACUCCUGAGCUGGUUAAACAGGAGAUUGUGUUCAGUGCGUCUUUGUGUCCCCCAGGACCCCACACUCUCUUCCUGGUCAUUCGGGUGGACGUUUCGUUCAAAGAAGAAGAGACAAAUGCUGCAGAGGACCACCUGGAGCUUCUCAGUGAGAGAGUCUGGAGUCACACUAUAGUGCUGUUCACCCAUGGGGACUGUCUGCGAGACAAAACCAUUGAGCAGCAUAUUCAGAGAGAAGGGAAGGCCCUCCAGUGGCUUGUUGAGAAAUGUGGGAACAGAUUUCAUGUCCUCAACAAUAAAAACAGUGGUGACGUCACUCAGGUCACAGAGCUGCUGGAGAAAAUAGAUGAGUUGGUGGCAGCCAACAGUGGAGAUGUGUUUAACCCUGAAAGAGAUUAUAAAGAAGGAAUGAAUUGGAUACCUGAGGAGAUGUGGAAGAAACCAUCUUUGCCAUUAAAGGGAGCUCACAGCAUAUACCCUCUUCUUCUGAGUAUGAGUGGAGGCAGCAGACCUGAGACUGGAUAUGAUGGUUCAGAACAGAUGUCUGGGUUUGGAUCUGUGGCUGAAUCUCUGCUGAGGCUAGUGGGUAGGAUGUUACGAUUCUUCCCUGAGAAUACAGUUAUAAAAAUAAAGUGUUGAAUGCGUUUAUCAUUUUAUCAUUCACCAAGCAAGAAAAAGUAAUGGAUUGUAGAGUACUUAAGCCUAAUCUAAGUAUUAUAGUUCUCUUGUUGUGAUGUUGUCCAGUACCUGGAGAUGACAUAUCUGAUACCCAGUCUCUGAGAAGCUCUGUGUACAGCUCCCAGACAUCAGAACCAGUAUGUGAGCACAACUCUGGAUCAAAGAGUUCUAUAGAAAAAUUCAGCUUGGAUUUCAUGAGGUAGGCACUGUUGUCUGAGGCUCCGCUUCUCCCUCACAAAAUGUUUUCUAUAAUAAUCAGAUCUACUGAGGAUGUAACAAGCUGUACACAUUCACACAUUAUUGCACAUACACACUAGUAGCAUGUCAAUGUACACUACCGG